GUAGGUUUCCUUUUUACCUAAAAAUAAUCAUUUAGUACAGUAGAAGCAGUCAAGAUGUCUUUUUUCGUUGAAUUUUUUGUGAUUGCAAUUAUAUUGCAUAUGGGUGCCGCAACAGUUAGUCAGUGCUACUACUGUAACACUCAAUAUUGUUCAGAUCCUUACGAUUAUAAGCUGGGAGCUAUCGUUAGAUGUUCUGAUGUUUUUACCAACUAUAAGACGUACUUUAGUAGCAGGAUAGUUUCAGCUGAAAGAAGUAAUGGUUCACGAAUAAGAUUCGAAGAUUCCGAAGAUAUAGAAACCAUCACGCCAAAAACCAGCAAUGAGUUAUCCGAAGAAACCCACGCAAAUAUCCUAGACAUUCAAAGGAAGUUUUGGAACUUUUUUAAUAAAGGCGAGCUAGAUGAAACUACCGAAUUUAUUUGUGCAAAAGCCAAUUACUACAGCACUGAUAGCAAUCAGCUAAAAACCUUUAGGGGAUGCGUGCCAACACAGACCAAAACAAUAUCUACAGCAUGCGAUUUUAUCAAUCAGAGGGUGGCAGGUGGAUCUGCAACGGGAGACACUAGAGUCUACAAUUGUUACACUUGCGAUACUAACUUGUGCAAUGCUAGUAUUAGUUUGAGGGCAUCGAUUUUAGCUGCCGUGAUCGGGGCUAUUGUAAUAGUUGCCUUUUAGGCAUAUCAAUGUUUUAUAACUUAUUUUAAUAGAGAUUUUUACACUA